CCCAGCGCCAGCGCUGCAGGCUUGGAGCUCUAAAAGCAAUAAAAGCUACUGGGAAUACCCCUGCAAAGUGCUCCUUCAUUCCUUUGAUUCCCUCGUAUUUUCCAUCCGAAGCAUUGACCUUGCUACCAGCUUUGUCAAAAUGCAUUCGUCUCGUAUCAUACUAGUCCUGGUUACCUUGUAUACAGCCGUUGCGUCGGCCACGACCCAGCUCGUGCCACUCGACCGCCAUCUUUGGGACGGUUGGCGUGUGAACGUCAAGCGCGCCACGGAAGAUUGUUGUCCAUAUUAUCCCAAUAGCCCGACCAGGACCACUAAUUCGUCGUUAUUCGACGUUACGCUUGGUCACGAUGAGGAUUUGAUCUGGACUUCACCGAACAAUACUCAGUUGACCACCGUGCUGUUCAAUGUCGUGCCAGCUCCAGGACAGAGAAUCAUUGACAUGGAGAAAUUCUCUUCGGCACUUGUCAUGGCGGACUGCUCUGAGCAUUUCAGUCUCCGGUUCUCGACACAACAGACCUUCAAGGCCGCCAAAGCAUCAUUUGACUGGGUGAAUGGCGGGACAAACCGCACAUUCAUUCUCGUGGGCGACUCUGCCGUUUGUCAAACCAGCAACAGACGUAUUCCGUGGGCAAUCAAUCAUGCUACAUUCAACUCGACCCAGAGAAUAGUCCACUUCACUGCCGCAAAGAAGCUGUGGGUGGAGGCAGCAUCUGCAUUCACCAUUGAUUUCGGCGUCGCCAGUCCGGGUCUCCAGAGGCGGCGAGUAGGCUUCGAUAAGGCCGGGGAAGCUCUGUUCGAUCUGAGCAGCUCAUGGCCGACCACCGUGCUUUGGUUCCUCAAUCCCAACCCGUUGAUUUCCAUCAACGUGGAUUGCGAGAAUUGCGGGACCAAGGGAACACUCGCCGCCCACGGCCAUGUCAAGUGGAGCAUCCUUGACGGUUUCGAGAUCUUUGAGCUGAGGGCAGAGCCUCGCGGCGUCGAAGCCGAUGUGCAUCUGAAAUUGGAUAUGUCGGGCAAAGCCGAUUCAGCCGUCUCUGACCUGCCCGGGAAAAAGAUCAAGUUGGCCGAGAUACCUCUGCCCGGAGAGUUCGAGAUUCCGGAUAUCCUCAAGCUUGGUCCGAGCAUGGAGGUGGGCUUUGGCUUCGAGCUCGACUCUAUCGAGGGCGAGGCGACCAUCACCACGGGGGCAACGGCCAGCAUACCCGACACGGCACUGGCGAAGGUCGACUUUGCCGUGGACAGCCCAGAAGAGUUUUUGGAUAAGAGUGAAUUCUAUGGCUGGUUCCCCGAGUUCGAGGUGGAGCCACUGGGUAUUGGUGCCCAGCUGGGCAUGGGUCUGAAGGUGUUCUUUGAAUUCAACGUGUCCCUGGGCGUGUCACUCUUCCCCGAGUUCGAACUACCCUGGGUCAAGGUUCCUGAAGAGGGCUUCGAGAUGAUGCUCGUUUUCAAGCAUCCAAUCUUCUCUUUUGAGGGCAAGGCUGGGCACGCUGACAACGGCUAUUGCCCUCCUGACCCUCGACCCAAUGGGGUGAAACUUGAUGUAAAUGUAGGCUCCGCGAUGACUGUCGACGGCGUCAUGGAGUUCUGGACGGGCAGGAAAGACCUAUUCGACAUCGAUCUGUGGGAGGACAGCGAAGAUCAACAGAUUGUGCUCGUCAAGCAUUAUUGUAAAGCGUUUGGCUCAUUCCCUACCUCGACAACGACGUCAAAGAAGACAACCACGACCACUCCUGUAACAACCAAGCGCACAUCCACAAGCACACUGAAAAUAUCGACAACUACAUCCAAAGUCGUGACGACUCCACAAACGACAACCACAGCGAUACCUACGACGACAACGACGACGUCAAAAUCUUCCUCUACGUCCUCCAACCCCUUCCCCCUCCGCUCCCCUGUUCCAGGUGAGAUGAACGGCUGGGUUCUCAACGUGCAACAGUAUCAAUAUUGGGAGAACGACCAGUCACUCGAGCGGUCGUCGUAUCUGCUGUAUGGAGAUCAACUCACCCGCAACACGAAGUGUAUCACUGUCACAAGUACCAGCGAGAUGAGCACUCUGAGCGACCUGAGCACCAUCCCCGCCGAUGCCGAAAUCACCUUUGACACCAGCUCCGGCACGAGCACGAACAUCGACUCUUGCUGUAUAGCCAUGUUCGAAACGUCAAAUUGUGAUACAGCUCGAAGCUGGAAUAAGACAUGCCAGGAGGGAGGGGGUGAGUUGGAUGUGUCGUUUGGGGUCAAGGCUUGGUUGGUGUACAAUUGUGUGGGAUUGAAUACAGAGGUGUAGCAGUCAUGUUGAAUUAGGUUCCAUAGAGUGGCGCUCGUGGAAACUUCACUCUUCCAAAUGCUCAAUGUUCCUAAUGUUGAAAGAGACAGCGUGCAAUGGUAUUCG